CUCGCGUGUACGUGCGGGCAGACAGAGUGUGAUGGCGGACAGGCGGAGCCCCGCUUCCUCAUUCCUCUCUGAGCUCUGACCGAACCGCGGCGGCUCUGAUCGACCACCCUCAGCGGCGGAGCCCUGAACCACAGACCGACUGUCGGUGCUGGUUCGCGGUCUGUGUGUCCGCGUCAUGAGGAUGCCUGCGUCAGUGGAGGCGAGCGGCGGCCUGAAACUGUGCCGACAGGCCCAGACUCAGCUGGAGGAGGCGGUCAACAGUGUGAUGAAGGCCGAGCAGCAGCUGAGAGAAAACACCAGAGAGGUGCGCUUGGAGCUUCAGAGCUGUGUGAGUCGCCAGCAGGAGGCGCUGCGCUGCAGAGAGGUGUGGCUGCUCGGCCAGAUUGAGUUACUGGAGCAAGUGAAGACGGAGACGCUGCAGCAGCAGCUGCACCAGCUGCACCGGCUGCGAGGUCAGUUUGACGUCAUCGCUCAUCAGCUGCACAACAACAUCAACAGCAACGACCUGAGCAACCAGCUGACCAGCUGCAUGGAGAAGUUGUCCUCUCUAAGUCUGACUCCAGAGGAGACGCCUGAGAUGAGUUUCCACGCCGACACUCGCUCUCUGAAGAACGCCAUCACCUCGUUCGGAAGCAUCACCGCACAGCUUGUGGGGGGAGUGUCCUCUCAGAGCCCCACCCUCCAGAAAGGUCAGGUGCAGAACUCGCCAAUUGCAGCCAAGAAGCAGAAGUCCGAGGGCGGAGCUCUGGAGGAGUGGCUUCUGGGUAAUCCUUCCACCAGCAGCGCUCCUGUUGGUCUCCAGCCCAGUAAGAACCCUCAGGAUUGGCUGAUGUCAAGUAAGGAGACCAAGACUUCCUGUCCUGUCCUGGCCUCAGUGGACUUCCUGCAGGCCUGGGGUCAGCUCAGGGACCUGGAGGCCUGGGUCCUCAAGGACCAGAUCCCCAUGAGCCGGGAGAGAACCCUGAGCAGCUGUAGCUCCGCCUUCUCCAUCGAGAAAAUUGACGAAUCUGAGUUUGUCGUCUCCUCCUCUGAGGAGGAACUCAGCGACUGGCUCAUCACCCCACCCACUGUUGCCAUGGAUACCGUGAUGGAUGCUGAGCGGUGGCAGCAGCUGCUGAAGCCGUUUGAAACCAGCUGGUCGCCCAGUGAUUGGCUCGUAGGAUCGAGUCACAUGACCACGGCCGCUGCCACGGCUGACUGCUCCUCCUGCUGCCAGACCACCAAGGCGGUAGAGAUCGAGAAUCUGGGCCGGCUCAGGUGCCUGAAGACUCCGCCCACCACCUCCAGUCCCAGCUCCCCAGCCACGCCCCCACCGGGCCUGGAGGUGUGGGUGCAGCAGGCUGUGCCGGAGCCACAGACGUGCAGAGCCAACGAACUGUGCUCAACCUUCGCUGACUGCGUGUGUGAGGAGAACUGCGCUAAAGACGCGCUCAGCCGCUGGCUGCUGCUGCAGGAGGGGCGGGACAAGAAUGGUGUCCCUGUGGCUAAGAAUGACCCGCCCACCACCACCACUGCCACACCUAUUAGAUCAAAGAUGGCCCCUCCCACUAUGUACCACAUAGAGCAGGAGCAGAAGGUCCAGAACAUCCUGCAGACCUGGCUCCACCCCUCCAACUCCUCCUCCUCAUCUCCUCUGGCUCUUAGCUCCACCCUUUCUGCCUGGGUGGCUCCUGGCGAGGAGAAGGCGAGCAGGGAAAACCUAGGCUCCGCCCCCCCCUCCUCACCAUUCCAGCUUCCUCUGGAUCCGGAUCGAUGGGUCAUGAGUCCGAGUCCAGGGUCAGGAGUUCAGCCCCGCCCCACAGAAGAGGACAAGUGGCUGCUGAAGAAGAGGACUCAGGCCCAGGAGCGCCUGGCGUUACCGACGGUCUGUGACCUGUUCUCCUGCAUGAAAGUGGGUGGAGACAAAGACCAGUGGCUGCACAGAUCUCCUGUCCAGAUGUGAAACUUAUCGCUGAUCGUCGCACACGACUAAAACCGCUGGCAUCGCUUCUUACUUACUGUGACAUCACCACGCUGAGCCCCGCCUCUCGUCCAAUCAGGAGGCGACUCAGGGAGGAAACAUUGAUUCCCCUGC